UUUGGGGGAGGCGGGGCUGCUCCUCGAGUCGGAGCGAGUUAAGAAGAGCUGCGGGAAAGCAGGGCGGGAUGGAGCGCCGGUGACUGCCGCCUCUCUUUUGAUUCUCCGCACCACUCCCGGCUCUGCCAACCGGCCGCCGCUGCUCCUGCGGCCAUGGAGACCGUGCAGUUGCGCCACCCGCGCCGGCAGCUAAGAAAAUUAGAUGAAGAUAGUUUGACAAAACAGCCUGAAGAAGUGUUUGAUGUGUUGGAAAAACUUGGAGAAGGAUCCUAUGGCAGCGUAUUCAAAGCUAUCCAUAAAGAAACUGGCCAAGUUGUUGCAAUUAAGCAAGUUCCUGUUGAAUCUGAUUUGCAGGAGAUUAUUAAGGAGAUAUCGAUAAUGCAACAAUGUGAUAGUCCUCAUGUAGUCAAAUAUUAUGGCAGCUAUUUUAAGAACACGGACCUCUGGAUAGUAAUGGAAUAUUGCGGUGCCGGAUCUGUGUCUGAUAUAAUUCGACUACGAAAUAAAACGCUGAUGGAAGAUGAAAUUUCUACAAUAAUACAAUCAACACUGAAAGGAUUGGAAUACCUACAUUUCAUGAGGAAAAUACACCGUGACAUCAAAGCUGGCAACAUAUUACUUAAUACAGAAGGACAUGCUAAACUUGCAGAUUUUGGGGUAGCCGGCCAGCUUACUGAUACUAUGGCAAAAAGAAAUACUGUGAUAGGAACUCCAUUCUGGAUGGCACCUGAAGUGAUCCAAGAAAUUGGAUACAAUUGUCUGGCAGACAUCUGGUCUCUGGGUAUCACUGCCAUUGAAAUGGCUGAAGGAAAACCUCCAUAUGCUGAUAUUCAUCCAAUGAGGGCAAUUUUCAUGAUUCCAACAAAUCCACCACCAACAUUUCGAAAGCCAGAGCUAUGGUCAGACGAAUUUACAGAUUUUGUAAAACAAUGUCUUGUGAAGUGUCCAGAACAAAGAGCCACUGCUACGCAAUUGCUUCAGCACCCAUUUGUAAAAAAUGCCAAAGGAGUUUUCAUCUUGCGAGAUAUGAUUAAUGAGGCAAUGGAUAUUAAACUAAAAAUUCAGCAGGCUCAACAGCGUGACAUGUUUCAUGAUGAUGAAGAAAAUUCAGAAGAAGAUGAAAUUGAUUCUAGGACCAUGGUUCGAGCAAGGGGACAAGAAAUGGGUACAAUCAGAGCUGCUUGUGGAAUGAGUGAAGGUGCCAAUACCAUGAUAGAAUACAAUGACACUUUAGCAUCACAAUUAGGAACAAUGGUCAUAAAUGCGGAAGAUGAGGAAGAUGAGGGGACCAUGAAAAGGAGAGAUGAAACCAUGCAGGCUGUCAGACCAUCUUUCCUUGACUAUUUUGAGCAAAAGGAGAAAGAGAAUUGGCAAAACAACUAUGGGAGGCAGGCACCUGAAAGAUGUUCCUCAGAUUGGAGAGUUCCUUUGGAUGGUAAUUAUGAAUUGUUGAGGAACUGGACAGUUGAUGAACUUCAAAGACGACUUGGGACACUCGAUCCCAUGAUGGAGCAGGAGAUAGAAGAGGUUCGCCAAAGAUAUCAAUCAAAGCGGCAACCAAUUCUAGAUGCCAUUGAAGCAAAGAAAAGACGCCAGCAGAACUUCUGAGGAAAACCUGGCAGUAGAAUAGAUGUCCAUCAUUCCUUACAAUAAACUGUUCUACAAUAAACUGUUCUAUGACUACUGUGUAGGUGGAUUUCUAUUUCUAUUUGCUAUAGCACCUUUUCUAACUCAGGUAUGCCAUUGAAUGGAGUCCUCAUGAAGAGAUCAUGCUUUGUAUGAAUGGUAGAUAGAUUUUAGAUACAUUGCAUGUUGCUUUUGGGAAAUCCUGACUUAGCUGGGAGCUAAACUUUGUAUUACAAAUCAAUAGAAAAGUAGGAAAUGGAUUUGAAUAAGAUUGGUAUUCAGUUGAAAAACCCAAGUAAACAGAACAAUAAUUCUGACAUGUUGUUCUUGGAUGAAGUAUAGAAAUUCAAAUUUUUGCUUUUUUAUUAAACUGUUACAAAUGUUGUGAAAUCAGAAUCCUUACACACUAAUCUAUUAUCUAAAUUGAUCCAAAAAAUAUUCAUCAUCUCUGAAAUGUAACAACCACUUGAUGUUAAACAAUCCUUACUUUCAUUUUUCCCUAUUGGUAUAAUGAAUUGUAGAAAUGAGUUAAAAAAGAGAAGUGAUUCAUUAACAAGUUUACCUAUACUGCUCCAGCAUUUGAAAAGGAAUAUGAACUUUAUCUAGUCUAGAAACUUCUAAGAGCUCCAUGCUUUUUUAUUUCUUUUUUUAAAGUAUUACUCUUCAGUGUUACAUUUUUUUCUUUCUUUUUUAUUUUUACUAGAAUCAUAACUCUGAAUGAAUGCUAAUAUAUUUUCAGUGAUGUCUAUCGGAUAAAAAAACAUAACAAAUCUUUUAUUUUCUGUAUUUUUUCAGACUUUGUGAUAGCAAAGGAAUGUCAGUCCCCCUAGUUCAGGGAAAAUGAGCAUCUCUUGAUGAUAAUGUUAUUUAAAAUAGUUAAGGAAUUCUGGAUUUUGUAUUCUUUGCUACUUUAAGCUGAAUUUGCCUAAGGUUUGUGGUACUGGUUUUGAAUUUAAACUGGCGUAAGCGUUUCUUUUUAU